AUGCCACUCGGGACGCUCCGGGACCAGCUGGUUUUCCCCGGAAAUGCUCUCGAGGGAGGUGGAGGGGGAGAGGGCGGGGGAGGGGGAGGAGGCGGAGGGUUGGAGGGAGAGGGGAGCAGCGGUGAAGAGGGAGGGGGGAGUGUGAGGGGAGAUUUUUCUGAUAAAGAGCUGUUGCACGCGCUUCAGGAGGCUUCACUUCCCGAUUUGGCUGAACGGGUGGGCGGGCUGGCUGUGGAAUGUGACUAUUCUGACAUGCUUUCUAUGGGGGAGCAGCAGCGGGUGGCGUUCGCUUGUCUUCUUCUGCAGCGGCCGUACAUGGCGUUUUUGGACGAGGCGGCGAGUGCUCUGGACGGGGCGAAUGAGGCGCGGCUGUAUGGGAUGAUGCGCGAGAGGGUGAAGCCGUUUGUCAGUGUGGGACACAGGACAAGCUUAAUUAACGCGUCUUACGGCGCAUCCGACGGCGCGUCUGGCGGCACAAGCUGGAGCGGCAGCUGGUGGUUCGGGAAGCGGGUAGAAAGCGGCGAAUGCGGCGUGAGAUGCGGAACCGAGCUGAAAAAGAUCAGGAGGAGGAAACGGAAGGGUCGCCGGGCAGAUGGAGGAGAAGAACAGGUCCACGUGGCAGGAGAAGAAAACAGUCAGGAAUUCGAUGAUGAGGAUGAGUGGGACGAGGAGGAGGAGGAGGAGGAGGAGGAGGAGGAGGAGGAGGAGGAGGAGGAGGAGGAGGAGGAGGAGGAGGAGGAGGAGGAGGAGGAGGAGGAGGAGGAGGAGGAAGGAGUGGAGGGAGAAGGAGAUGAGAAGCCGCAGAGGGCGUUUCGUAGGGUUCUUGCGGAUAACUCAAGAGCUCCGUUUCAGCACCUGAAACGAAUUGAAUCGGCUUGUAAUGAGGAUGAGGACGAGAGUGAGGAUUCAGGAGAUCUACAUCCAUACGGCGACGAGAUCCGCCACCUUAUCCAGAAUCCCCCUUCGCCCAACCACGUGCUGCCACCUGGCACCACAGCACCACCAGCUCUGAAUGACCCAGGUGUCACAACCUCAUUGGUCCUCCCUUCCCAAGCACCCUCCUCCUCGUCCUCCUCCUCCUCCUUCCACUGGGUAUCCACCAAGCAGCAGCUAGCAUCCCUAGCAGCUCUUCUUGAAACCCAGGACGAAUUUGCAGUGGACACAGAGCAGCACAGCCACCGCUCCUUCCUCGGCUUCACUGCUCUCAUCCAGAUCUCAACCCCAGACGGCAGGGACUAUAUCAUCGACGCCAUUGCGCUGCAUGACCACAUAGGGGACGCCCUCCGCCCUGUCUUCGCCAACCCGGCCGUCACAAAGCUGUUCCAUGGAGCCGACUCGGACGUGCUCUGGCUGCAACGGGACUUCCACAUCUACACUGUGAACCUCUUUGACACGGCACGGGCCUGCUCGGUUCUCAACAAGCCAUACCGUUCGCUCGCGUUUCUCCUGGACCACUACUGCCACGUCAGCACCGACAAGCGCCUGCAGCUCGCCGACUGGCGCCGCCGCCCGCUGCCGCCCGCGAUGCUACAGUACGCGUGCACGGACUCGCACUACCUGCCGUACAUUGCCGGCCGGCUGCGGUGGGAACUGGUUCAGGCGGACGCAGGGGGAGAGGGGGGAGACGGAGCAUUUGCAAACGGAAAGGGAGAAGCGGCAGCAGGAGGAGGAGGAGCAGCAGCAGCGGCAGCAGCAGGAGCAGGAGCAGGAGCAGGGGGAGGAGGAAGGAGAGGGUCUAGGGCGGGGCACAGCAGCGGAUCCAAGUAUGAGGAGGCAGUGAGAAGGUCCAAUGCGCUGUGCCUGCAGCUGUAUGAAAAGCCGGGGGAGAGGAGCGCUGGUGCUGCUGACAGGGGUGCAGUUGGAGAGGCCGUGAGAGAGAGGAGAGAGAGGGGGGAGGUGAUAGGAGGGAGUGCUGAGGCGGCAGCAGCAGCUGCGGCAGCACUUUUCCGACAGCUGUUAGGCGUCUGUGGGUAUGUGGGAGGUGCCGCGCUUUCAGGUGGGCCUUCAGGUGAUUCUGCUGGUUCAGGUGCUGCUUCUGCGGCACCUGACGCUGCUGCCACGUCAGCGGGUCAGAAGACGUCGGAUCGGUCCCAGGUGUUACGGGAAGUGAGGGCCGUGCUCGAUGCGGUAACCAGAUGGCGCGACACUGUAGCGCGGGAAGAAGACGAAAGCCUGCGAUUCCUCCUUGCUGACGUGGCAGUGGUCGCCGUGGCGCUCCUACGGCCUGCCACGUGUCAAGAGCUGAUUGGGUGCGUGGGGAAGGCUAUGGCAGCCGCUGCUGCUCUCACGCCGUCCUCUAUGAGAGAAGAGGUCGGCGUUCCUCGGCCUAUUCAAGGAGGCGGGAGUGGAGGGGAGAGUGGAACCGUUGAGUCAACAGAAGGUGCUGCCUUGUAUGCAGCAGUAGCGGAACAACAGGCUACUCCAUCUCAGCCCGCCUCCCCUUCCCCCUCGCCUCCUCUCGUCCGUCGAUCUCCCGAGCUGGUCGCGCUGAUCACCGCCACGUGUCGCGACGUGAGAGGUGGCGACGAGGGGGUGCUUGAUACAACAGGAGCAGCAGAGCGAAACGAGACAGCAGCAGCAGUUAACGGGGGAGCUGAAAGGGCAGUGGCAGCAGCGGCAGCAGUGCAAGCCAGAUUUGCAGAGAUCUCGUUCCUCCUCGCCCCGGUGGUCAUUCAGCAGCGGGCGCCAGCAGCCGUGCAGGAGGCUUCCACUGCUGGUGCUGCUACUGCUGAUGUGGAUGCUGAUGCUGCUGCUGCUGACUGUGCCGCUGCUGACGGUGCUGCUCCUGCCGCUGCUGAUAGCACCGCCUCUGCAGCAACAGACCCGCCACCCGCCCCACUCCCCCCCAACCUCGCCUCACCCCUCUCUGUCCGCCUGCUCUUCCAACCCAAGGGCCGCCCAGAAGAUGACGAAAACGAGUUCUACAUUCAGUCCAAGUCCAACCGCUGCGUCUCCUGCGGAGAAUCCACCCACUACCUGCGCUACCGCCUCGUUCCCUCCUGCUACCGCCACGCGUUCCCCGAGCAUCUGAAGUCGCACCGGAGCCAUGAUAUCGUGCUGCUGUGCGUUGAUUGCCAUGACGUGGCGCAUCGUGCGGCUGAGAUUUUCAAGAGGGAGGUGGCGAGGAGGUUCGGGGUUCCGUUGCUGCUGUCGCCGCUGGAUCGGAGGUUCGGCGGAGGGUCGGGUGAGGGUGGGGGCGAGGAGGGGGGAGAAGGGGUGGGAGAGGAGGAGAAGGCAGAAGGUAGGGAGGAGGAGGGAGGUGGGGAGAUGGAGGGUGAGGGGAGUGCAAAUGGUGAGCGGAAAGGGGGAAGGGAUGCGCGAGUACAGGCAGCGUUUCUUUUGAAUGAUGCUGCCCGGUCAGCAGUGGCGGUUUUACGGCACGGGGCAUCGCUGCCCGAAAGCAGGCUCUGCGAGCUGCUGCUGCCCGUGUGGAAAGUUUUGAAGCGGGCAGCAGGCAGCCCGGUGAAAAUCGAGGAGCUGGAGAUGGUGGUGCAGGCGGGGAAGGGGACCAGAGUGCGGGCAGGAAAAAGAAAAGGUUUGCCCAUUGUGGGCCAAAGGGAGGCGCUACAGAAAGCCUUAGCUAGCCUGGGUGGAGGGGGAGGGGGAGAGGGAGGAGAGAGAGAGGGGGAUGGGAGAAAGGAGGUUGUGCAAGCAGAGGGAGCAGGUGACGGAAAUGAGGUCAAGGGGGCGGAUGCUGGUGCGUGUGAGGGAGUGAGUGAGAAAGUAAGUGAGGGAGUGAGCGACCAAUCCUGCGAGACUCAAGAGGAGGAUACCCUGGGACUAGCAGCACCUGACCUCACCUCACUCAACCUCUCUGCAACCCCCGCCAUCGAGCCAGUCCCUUUAAGGGGCCACUGGGAGCACGGAACAAAGGUUGUAGCGCUGCUGCUGGAGGGGGGUGGGGAGGCGGGGAUAAGGGAGUUCACGCAGCAGUGGAGGGAGGUGUUUGUGGCGGCGCUACAGCCGCGCUUCCUGCCGCCCGGGUGGGAUGUGCAGCACCUGGGAAGACGGCAGUUUGGGGAGUUUUCCGUUUACAAUCCACAGAGGCGGCGGUAUGUGAAGGGUGAUGAGGCAGGAGGGGAGGGUGGGGAGGGAGAAGGAAGGGGAGGAGGGGAGGGAGGGGAGGGAAAAGGGGAGGAAGUUUAA